GUUAAACAAAAUUCACACACAAAAGAGACCCCUUCACCCUUCGUCUCUCUCUCUCCUCUUUGCUUUGGGGUUUCGCUUCGCUUCUCCUCUUCUCUCUCUAUACAACUUUCUCUCUCUAUAUAUACACACAUAUAUACAUCUCGGCGUUUUCUCUGUAUAUUCGACCCUUCGGAUGUUUAUGCAUCCAUGCCCCUCUCUAUCAACAGCAAGUACAUACAAGUAGAGGAGUAGAGGUCACAUGGCAACCCUAAGAUCGAGCUUUCCGUCAAGGUUGCGGCAGCUUUUAUCUGGCGAGGGAGCUAUUGGUCCCUCUCUCAAACUCGACUCAGAGCCUCCUCCUAAAAUAAAAGCUUUCAUCGACAAGGUGAUUCAGAGUCCAUUACAAGAUAUAGCAAUACCUCUAUCCGGAUUUCGUUGGGAAUUUGGCAAGGGAAAUUUUCAUCACUGGAGGCCCCUGUUUCUGCAUUUCGAUACAUAUUUCAAGACAUACUUGUCAUGUAGGAGUGACCUCCUCUUGACAGAUGAUAUUUCCUUGGAAGAUGAUAGUCCUUUUCCUAAGCAAGCAGUUCUACAGAUUUUAAGAGUGAUGCAAAUAAUUUUAGAGAAUUGCCAUAACAAGAGCUCAUUUAAUGGCUUAGAGCAUUUCAAGCUCCUACUUUCAUCAACAGAUCCUGAGAUUCUUAUAGCUACAUUAGAGACACUUUCUGCAUUAGUAAAGAUAAAUCCCUCCAAACUACAUGCAAGUGGAAAGUUGGUUGGAUGUGGUUCUAUAAACAGUUGUCUCCUGUCUCUAGCACAAGGAUGGGGAAGCAAGGAAGAGGGCUUGGGUUUGUAUUCAUGUGUAAUGGCAAAUGAAAGAACCCAGGAAGAAGGGCUGUCCUUGUUUCCAUCUGAUGUACACGAGGAUUGUGACAAGUCCCAGUACCGGUUGGGGUCUACACUUUAUUUUGAAUUUCAUGGUGCCAAUUCACAAAGCAGUGGGGAAGAUAGUGAUGGUACUAACUCUUCUAGUGUGAGUGUUAUUCACUUCCCGGAUCUUCAUUUACAGAAGGAAGACGAUCUCUCACUUAUGAAACAGUGCGUUGUGCGGUACAAUGUUCCUCCAGAGCACAGGUUCUCUUUGCUGACAAGAAUCAGAUAUGCUCGUGCAUUCUGUUCUCCUAGAAUAUGCAGGCUGUACAGUAGGAUUUGCCUUCUUGCGUUUACUGUGCUUGUUCAGUCUAAUGAUGCUCAUGAUGAACUUGUAUCCUUCUUCGCUAAUGAGCCAGAAUAUACAAAUGAGUUGAUUAGGAUUGUGCGAUCUGAAGAAACUAUUCCUGGAAGCAUUAGAACACUUGCAAUGCAUGCCUUGGGAGCUCAGUUAGCUUCAUAUUCUUCAUCUCAUGAGCGGGCACGGGUUUUAAGUGGAUCAAGCAUCAGUUUUGCAGGGGGGAACCGUAUGAUUCUCCUGAAUGUUCUCCAAAAGGCAAUUUUAUCACUGAAUAACUCCAAUGAUCCAUCUUCUAUUGCCUUUGUCGAAGCACUUCUGCAGUUUUAUCUGCUACAUGUUAUAUCUUCUUCAAGUUCUGGGAGUGUUAUUAGAGGUUCAGGAAUGGUUCCAACAUUCUUGCCUCUUUUAGAGGAUGCUGAUCCUAUGCAUAUUCAUCUUGUCUGUUUGGCUGUGAAGACUCUACAGAAACUCAUGGAUUACAGUAAUACAGCAGUGACCCUUUUUAAAGACUUGGGAGGAGUUGAGCUUUUAGCACAUAGACUACAGAUAGAAGUGCAAAGAGUUAUUGAUUUUUCUGGAGUAAAUGAUAAUUCAAUUACCAUAGGUGAAUGCUCAAGAUACCAUGAUGAUCAGUUGUACUUUCAGAAGAGGCUUAUCCGGCUUUUAUUGAAAGCUCUUGGGUCUGCUACUUAUGCUCCAGGAAACGCUAUGAGAUCUGUGAGCUCGAAUGAUCUUUCCCUACCUGUCACACUCUCACGGAUAUUUGAAAAUGUAGAUAAAUUUGGAGGUGACAUUUAUUCAUCAGCUGUGACUGUUAUGAGUGAAACUAUUCAUAAAGACCCUACUUGUUUUCCUGCCUUGCAUGAAUUGGGCCUUCCCGAUGCUUUUUUAGCUUCAGUUGUGGCUGGAAUAGUUCCCUCGUCAAAGGCUCUUACAUGUGUUCCAAAUGGCCUUGGUGCCAUUUGUCUUAAUGCCAAAGGCCUAGAGGCAGUAAAAGAAACUUCAGCUUUAAGGUUCCUUGUUGACAUCUUCACCACAAAGAAGUAUGUAGCAGCAAUGAAUGAUGGUAUCGUUCCUUUGGCAAAUGCUGUGGAAGAGCUUUUGCGUCAUGUAUCUUCAUUGAGAAGCACUGGUGUUGAUCUAAUCAUUGAAAUUGUUAAUAGAAUUGCUUCCAUUGGAGACAGUAAUUGUGCAGGGUCAUCGGGAAAAGUCAAUGGGAGUACUGCAAUGGAAAUGGAUUCUGAAGAUAAAGAAAACGAAGGUCCUUGUUGUCUGGUUAGUGCCGCAGAUUCAACUUCAGAAGGCAUCAAUAAUGAGCAGUUUAUCCAAUUAUGUGUUUUUCAUGUGAUGGUUCUGGUUCACAGGACAAUGGAAAAUGCUGAAACAUGUCGGUUAUUUGUGGAGAAGUCGGGGAUUGAAGCUUUACUGAAACUUCUGUUACGCCCAAGUAUUGCACAGUCGCCCGAAGGGAUGUCUGUUGCUUUACAUAGCACCAUGGUUUUUAAGGGUUUUACUCAACAUCAUUCUGCUCCUUUAGCACGGGCCUUUUGUUCCUCUCUUAGGGAUCACCUGAAAAAAGCUUUGACUGGAUUCAGUGUGGUUCCAGGAUCCCUCUUACUGGACCCUAGGAUGACUCCAGAUGGUGGAAUAUUUUCUUCACUUUUUCUGGUUGAAUUCCUUUUAUUUCUUGCUGCCUCAAAAGACAAUCGUUGGGUAACUGCGCUGCUUACCGAGUUUGGAAAUGGUAGCAAGGAUGUUUUGGAAGAUAUUGGACGUGUCCAUCGUGAAGUUUUAUGGCUGAUUGCUGUACUUGAAGAUGCUAAAGUUGAGAUGGAGGAUGAUGGUGCUGGUUCUGCUGCUGCUGAGUCACAACAAACAGAAUUGAAUACAAAUGAAACUGAGGAGCAAAGAUUCAAUUCAUUUAGGCAGUUUCUUGAUCCAUUGCUGAGAAGAAGGAUGUCGGGAUGGAGUUUUGAGUCGCAGUUUUUCGACCUUAUAAACCUAUACCGUGAUCUUAGUCGUGCUUCUGGUCUUCAACAAAGACAGGGCAUUGAUGGUCCUUCGGACAUUCGUCUUGGAGCCAGUCACCAAUCGCAACAGUCUGGUAUCUCUGAUGGUAAUAUUGCUAGUGGUAGAAAGGAAGAUGACAAGCAAAGAUCCUACUAUUCUUCUUGCUGUGACAUGGUGAAGUCACUUUCUUUUCAUAUUACCCAUUUAUUUCAGGAGUUGGGGAAAGUAAUGCUGCUUCCAUCUCGUCGCCGUGAUGAUACACUGACUGUAUCCCCGUCUUCAAAAUCAGUGGCUUCUAUCUUUGCAUCCAUCUCACUAGACCAUAUGAAUUUUGGAGGUCACGUGAGUCCUUCUGGAUCUGAAGCAUCUGUAUCUACAAAGUGUCGCUAUUUUGGUAAGGUUAUUGAUUUUAUUGAUGGCAUUCUGCUGGACAGGCCAGAUUCAUGUAAUGCUGUUCUGGUAAAUUGCUUGUAUGGGCGCGGGGUGGUUCAAUCAGUUUUGACCACAUUUGAGGCCACUAGUCAGUUGCUAUUUGCAGUUAACAGGGCUCCUACUUCUCCUAUGGAGACUGAUGAUGGGAAUUUAAAGAAAGAAGAAAAAGAAGGAACUGAUAAUUUGUGGAUCUAUGGUCCUUUAGCAAGUUAUGGUAAACUAAUGGAUCACCUGGUGACUUCUUCUUUUAUUCUAUCUCCUUUUACAAAACAUUUGCUGACACAGCCUCUGAUAAGUGGAGAUAUUCCGUUCCCACGUGAUGCUGAGACUUUUGUGAAGGUCUUACAGUCCAUGGUGCUGAAGGCAGUGCUUCCUGUGUGGACUCAUUCGCAGUUCACUGAUUGCAGCUAUGAUUUCAUUGUAACAGUUGUUUCUAUUAUUCGUCACAUUUAUUCUGGUGUUGAAGUGAAAAAUGUAAGCAGCACUGGACCUCGGGCAGCUGGUCCUCCCCCAAAUGAAUCAACGAUUUCAACAAUUGUAGAGAUGGGAUUUUCCAGGUCUCGAGCAGAGGAAGCCUUGAGGCAGGUUGGAUCGAACAGUGUGGAGCUGGCAAUGGAAUGGUUGUUCUCACAUCCAGAGGAAACCCAGGAGGAUGAUGAACUUGCACGUGCUCUUGCCAUGUCCCUUGGGAACUCUGGACCAGACACGAAGGAAGAGGUUGUGAAUGAAAACAAUCAGUGUAUCGAAGAAGAAACAGUUCAACUCCCUCCUGUGGAUGACUUGUUAUUGACGUGUACAAAGCUUUUGCAAAUGAAGGAAUCUCUGGCUUUUCCUGUUCGGGACCUUCUUGUAAUGAUAUGCUCCCAAAAUGAUGGUCAAUACAGGUCCAAUGUUUUUUCCUUUCUCAUAGAGCAGGUGAAGCUUUGUAGUUUGAUUUUUGACAGUGGAAACAGUAACAUGUUAUCAGCCGUAUUUCAUGUUCUUGCUUUAAUUUUUCAUGAUGAUGCGGUGGCUCGUGAAGUUGCCUCUAAGAGUGGUCUGGUAAAGGUUGCUUCAGAUUUACUUUCGCAUUGGGCUUCCAGUUCAUAUGACAGGGAGAAAACCCAAGUUCCGAAAUGGGUGACAGCAGCUUUUCUUGCCAUUGAUGGGCUGUUACAAGUGGAUCAGAAGUUAAAUGCUAAUAUUGCUGAGCUGUUGAAGAAGGAUGUUGGUGGUAGCCAGCAGACAUCUAUAAUUAUUGACGAGGAUAAGCAAAACAAGUUGCAGUCACCUUUGGGAUCAUCUCCAAAGAAUGCAGAUAUACAGGAGCAGAAGAUGCUUAUUGAGAUUGCUUGUGGUUGUAUUAGGAAGCAGCUUCCUUCUGAAACAAUGCAUGCUGUUCUGCAGCUAUGUUCAACUCUCACAAGAACCCACUCUGUUGCUGUUAGUUUUCUUGAUGCUGGGGGUUUACCUUUGCUGCUUUCCUUGCCUACAAGUAGCCUUUUUCUUGGGUUUGACAAUAUUGCUGCUACUAUAAUCCGCCACAUUCUUGAAGAUCCCCAUACUCUUCAGCAAGCUAUGGAAUCUGAGAUAAGGCACAGUGUUGUGACUGCUGCUAACCGACAGUCCAAUGGACGGCUUACACCACGCAAUUUUCUUUUAAAUUUAACUAACGUCAUUUCACGGGAUCCAGUGGUUUUUAUGCAAGCUGCUCAGUCAGUGUGCCAAGUUGAGAUGGUGAGUGAUAGGCCAUACAUUGUCUUGCUGAAAGAUCGUGACAAGGAUAAAUUCAAAGAGAAAGAGAAAGAAAAAACAGUGGACAAAGACAAAUCCCAGACUACUGAUGGGAAGGCAGCUUUGAGUCCUGGGAAUGGGCAUGGCAAACUUCUUGAUGCAAAUUCCAAGAAUGUCAAAGCUCAUCGAAAACCUCCUCAGAGUUUUAUUAAUGUGAUUGAGCUUCUUUUAGAUUCAGUUGUCACUUUCAUACCUCCUUCGAGAGAUGACACUGAGACAAGGGAUACUUCAUCUUUAACAGACAUGGACAUUGAUGUUACUGGAAAUAAGGGGAAGGGAAAAGCCAUUGCCUCUGUAUCUGAAGAGAAUGAGACCAAUAACCAGGAAGUUUCUGCAUCUUUGGCAAAGAUUGUAUUCAUCUUGAAGCUCUUGACAGAGAUUCUCUUGAUGUAUGCUUCAUCUCUUCAUGUUCUGCUCCGUAGGGAUGCUGAAAUUAGCAGUUGCAGGAGUUCUCCAUGGGGUCCUACUGGUGGAAUUUUUUACCAUAUUCUCCACAAGUUUCUUCCACAUUCUAAAAAUUCCAAGAAGGAAAAGAAAACAGAUACCGACUGGAGGCAUAAACUAGCAAGUAGGGCUAGUCAAUUUUUGGUGGCAUCUUGUGUUCGCUCCACAGAGGCAAGGAGGAGAGUUUUCAUGGAGAUCAAUAAUGUUUUUAACAAUUUUGUUGAUUCUUCUAAAGGUUUUAGGCCACCAGGAAGUGAUAUCCAGGCUUUAGUUGAUCUGCUUAAUGAUGUAGUGGCUGCUCGUUCACCUACAGGUUCAUACAUCUCGGCAGAGGCUUCUGCUACUUUUGUAGAUGUUGGUCUGGUUAGAUCAUUGACUCGAACUCUCCAAGUGUUGGACCUUGAUCAUGCCGACUCACCCAAAGUUGUUACAGGCCUUGUCAAAGUUCUUGAGUCGGUGACAAAGGAACACAUACAUGCUGCUGAUUCUGGUGCUGGGAAGUCUGACAAUUCAACAAAACCUACAGAUCACGGUCAGCCUGAAGGAACUGAUAAUAUUGCUGAUAUAUCCCAGUCCAUGGAAACUGCUUCGCAACAUAAUCUGAAUCCUAUGGCAGCUGACCAUAUUGAGUCUUUUAAUACUGUUCAGAAUUAUGGUGGAUCUGAGGCCGUUACAGAAGAUAUGGAACAUGACCAAGAUCUUGAUGGAGGGUUUGCCCCGGCAUCUGAAGAUGAUUACAUGCGUGAAACUUCCGAGGACACAAGGGGUCUUGAAAAUGGCCUAGAUACUGUGGAGAUAAGAUUCGAAAUCCAACCCCGUGUGCAGGAGAACCUUGAUGAAGAUGAUGAUGAGGAGAUGUCAGGGGACGAUGGAGAUGAAGUCGAUGAAGACGAGGAUGAGGAUGAUGAGGAACAUAAUGAUUUGGAAGAAGAUGAAGUCCAUCACCUGCCUCAUCAUGACACAGAUCAAGAGGACCAUGAAAUUGAUGAAGAUGAGUUUGAUGAGGAGGUGAUGGAGGAAGAGGAUGAAGAUGAUGAAGAUGAAGAGGAUGGAGUUAUACUUAGGCUGGGAGAGGGAAUCAAUGGGAUUAAUGUUUUCGACCACAUUGAGGUAUUUGGUAGAGAUCAUAGUUUCCCCAAUGAAACUCUCCAUGUGAUGCCAGUCGAAGUUUUUGGCUCUAGACGCCAAGGGCGUACUACAUCGAUUUACAAUCUUUUGGGUAGAACUGGUGAUAGUUCUGCCCCCUCCCGGCAUCCACUUCUGGUGGAACCUUCUUCCUCAAACACAGCUUCUAUCAGACAGUCAGAGAAUGCCCAUGAUAUCUAUUCUGGUAGGAACUUGGAGAACACCUCGUCAAGAUUGGAUGCUAUAUUCCGAUCACUGAGGAAUGGCCGCCAUGGACACCGGCUCAACUUGUGGGCAGACGAUAACCAUCCUAGUGGUGGUUCAAAUGCAUCUGCACUUCCCCAAGGGCUUGAAGAUUUACUUGUUUCCCAUUUGAGGCGGCCGAUCACUGACAAGCCCUCUGAUCAGAACACGACAACAGUGGACCCUCAAAGUAACAGUGAGACCGGUCAGCUUCACGAAUCUGCUGGAAUGGUGCCUGAAACCCCUGCUGAAAACAAUACUAACAGUGAAAAUAAUUAUGUGCCUCUGCCCUCUUCUGUAGUGAUGGAUGGAUCAGGUAAUGCUGAUAUAAGACCUGCGGAGAACGAAUCUCUGCAGGGAAUAGAUGCUUCAAGUACACACUCUCAAUCUGUUGAAAUGCAGUUCGAACAAAACGACACGACUGUACGGGAUGUUGAAGCAGUGAGCCAAGAGAGUGGUGGAAGUGGUGCAACUUUGGGGGAGAGCCUUCGAAGUCUGGAUGUUGAAAUUGGAAGUGCUGAUGGGCAUGAUGAGGGUGGAGAAAGGCAAGGUGCUGCUGAUGCUCGAACAAGAAGAACAAAUGUGUCAUUUGGGAAUUCUAUACCUGUGAGUGGGAGAGAUGCACCCCUCCAUAGUGUAACUGAAGUUCCGGAAAAUCCUAUCCAGGAAGCUGAUCAGAGUGGUCCUGCAGAGGAGCAGCAAAUUAAUGGUGAAGCUGAUUCUGGAUCAAUUGACCCUGCUUUCCUAGAUGCGCUUCCUGAGGAGUUGCGUGCUGAAGUUCUUUCUGCUCGACAGGGUCAAGUGGCACAGCCUUCAAAUGCUGAACCACAAAACAAUGGAGAUAUUGAUCCAGAAUUUCUUGCGGCCCUACCCCCAGACAUCCGAGAGGAAGUCCUAGCGCAACAACAGGCACAAAGGCUACAUCAAUCACAGGAACUGGAAGGACAACCAGUUGAAAUGGACACAGUGUCAAUAAUUGCUACAUUUCCUUCAGAUUUACGAGAAGAGGUUCUCUUAACAUCCUCUGAUGCAAUUCUUGCCAAUCUUACACCUGCACUUGUUGCGGAAGCAACCAUGUUGCGUGAAAGGUUUGCAAAUCGUUAUAAUCGAACACUCUUUGGUAUGUAUCCUAGAAGUCGUAGGGGUGAGUCUUCUAGACGAGGUGAAGGUAUUGGAGCUGGUCUGGACAGAGCUGGUGGAGUCAUUACUCGUAGGUCUAUGGGAAGCAAGCCAGUUGAAGCUGAUGGAGCUCCUCUGGUUGACACAGAAGCUUUGAAAGCCAUGAUUCGGCUGCUUCGUGUAGUUCAGCCCCUUUAUAAAGGUAUGCUGCAGAGGCUUCUCUUGCAUUUAUGUGCUCAUAGUGAAACCAGAUCUUCUCUGGUUAAAAUCUUGAUGGACUUGUUGAUGCUCGACAUAAGAAAGCCUGCCAAUCAUUUGAAUGCUUCUGAGCCAUCAUAUAGGCUUUAUGCCUGCCAGAGUCACGUGAUGUAUUCUCGUCCUCAAUUUUUUGACGGAGUUCCUCCCUUGGUAUCUCGACGUGUUCUUGAAACUCUGACCUUCCUAGCUAGAAAUCAUCCGUAUGUGGCAAAGAUUUUGCUUCAGUUUAGGCUGCCACAAGAGUUGGAAAAUUCUGAUCAGGAGCGUGGAAAAGCUGUGAUGGUUAUUGAAGAGGAUGAAAAAGGAAGUAAUCAGCGCCAAGAAGGAUAUUUAUCCAUCGCAUUGCUUUUGAGCCUCUUGAAUCAACCUCUUUAUUUGAGGAGUAUAGCCCAUCUUGAACAGCUGCUAAAUUUAUUAGAAGUCAUCAUUGACAAUGCUGAAAGCAAAUCUAGUUUACCUACUGAAUCCGGCGCACCUACUACUGAACAUUCUUCUGGUCCCCAGCUUUCCACAUCAGAUGCUGAGAUAAAUACGGGCUCCAGUGUUAUAUCCUCUGGCUCUGAUGUUACAUCUUCUAAGGCUGAUGACUCUGCCAAACCCUCUUCUUCUGGUGCAAAUGUUGAAUUUGAUACCCAAGCUGUACUUCUUAAUCUACCACAAGCAGAACUUCGGCUUCUAUGUUCACUGCUUGCACGAGAAGGUCUGUCAGAUAAUGCAUAUGCUCUUGUUGCGGAGGUAUUGAAGAAGUUGGUGGCUAUUGCUCCCACACAUUGUCAUCUGUUUAUCACUGAGCUAGCAGAUUCUGUGAAUAAUUUGACUAAAUCUGCGAUGAAUGAGUUGCACAUAUUUGGAGAAGUAGAGAAAGCUCUUCUCACUACUACAUCAUCUGAUGGAGCGGCAAUUUUGAGGGUUUUGCAGGCAUUGAGCUCUCUUGUUGCUUCACUUAACGAGAAGGAGAAGGAUCAUCAAAAUCUUUCUGAAAAGGAGCAUGCAGCUGCUCUUUCUCUGGUGUGCGACAUCAAUGCAGCUAUAGAGCCUUUGUGGCUUGAGCUGAGCUCUUGUAUAAGCAAAAUAGAGAGCUAUUCAGAUACCACGCCUGAUUUGUCAAAUAAAUCUUUAGUUUCCACGUAUAAACCAUCUGGCGUAAUGCCUCCACUUCCAGCUGGUACUCAAAACAUCUUGCCAUACAUAGAAUCCUUCUUUGUCAUGUGUGAAAAGUUGCACCCUGGGCAAUCAGAUUCUGGUCACGACUUUGGUAUUGCUGCAGUAUCUGAUCUUGAAGAGGCCAGUGCUAGCCAGCAGAGAACAUCAGCACCAGUUCCAAAAGUUGAUGAAAAACAUAUAGCUUUUGUGAAAUUUUCAGAUAAGCAUAGGAAGCUCCUAAAUGCUUUCAUCCGGCAAAACCCUGGGUUGCUUGAGAAGUCCUUUUCUCUCAUGCUUAAGGUUCCCCGCUUUAUUGAUUUUGACAAUAAACGUGCUCACUUUAGAUCUAAGAUAAAGCACCAACAUGAUCAUCAUCACAGUCCUUUAAGAAUCUCUGUUAGAAGAAAUUACAUUCUUGAAGAUUCAUAUAAUCAACUGCGAAUGAGAUCAGCACAAGAUUUGAAGGGGAGGCUAACUGUUCAUUUUCAAGGGGAGGAAGGUAUUGAUGCUGGUGGGCUUACUAGGGAAUGGUAUCAGAGUUUGUCCAAGGUUAUUUUCGACAAGGGAGCACUACUGUUUACAACAGUGGGCAAUGAGUCAACAUUUCAGCCAAAUCCCAACUCUGCUUACCAAACAGAACAUCUCUCUUACUUUAAGUUCAUUGGGCGAGUCGUAGGGAAAGCACUUUUUGACGGACAACUUCUUGAUGUUCAUUUCACUCGGUCUUUCUACAAGCAUAUCCUUGGGGUUAAAGUGACUUACCUUGAUAUUGAAGCUAUUGAUCCUGAUUACUUCAAAAACCUGAAGUGGAUGCUCGAGAACGACAUCAGUGAUAUUCUAGACCUUACUUUUAGUAUGGAUGCUGAUGAAGAGAAGCUGAUAUUGUAUGAAAGGACAGAGGUGACUGAUUAUGAACUUAUCCCUGGUGGACGUAAUAUUCGAGUUACCGAGGAAAACAAGCACAAAUAUGUUGAUCUAGUUGCUGAGCAUCGGUUAACUACUGCUAUUCGUCCUCAAAUAAAUUCAUUUUUGGAUGGAUUCACUGAAUUGAUAUCUCGGGAUUUGAUAUCUAUUUUUAAUGAUAAGGAACUAGAGUUAUUAAUAAGUGGCCUUCCAGACAUUGAUUUGGAUGACAUGAGGGCGAAUACAGAGUAUUCUGGGUAUAGUGCUGCAUCUCCUGUUAUCCAGUGGUUUUGGGAGGUUGUUCAAGGGUUCAGCAAGGAAGAUAAGGCUCGUCUUUUGCAGUUUGUCACCGGCACUUCCAAGGUGCCACUAGAAGGAUUCAGCGCGCUUCAAGGAAUAUCAGGCUCACAGAAGUUCCAGAUUCACAAGGCCUAUGGUAGCGCUGAUCACUUGCCUUCAGCUCAUACUUGUUUCAACCAGUUAGACCUACCAGAGUAUCCUUCCAAACAACAUCUGGAGGAGAGACUGCUUCUUGCUAUUCACGAAGCCAACGAAGGGUUCGGUUUCGGUUGAGAAAUUGGAAUGGGGGAUGGGGUGGACAUGAUGAGAAUUAAAAUCAUGUGUAUAAUAAUAUUAUGUCAAAAAAAUAUGUCUUGAAAGGAAGUUGCAAAGUAAAGGGUGGCAUUCCAAGAAUCAAGUUUAUUAGAUGUUAAUAUACUGUACAGUAGUAUGGCAAAUGCUUCUGGCACCAGUUUUUGUUUCGCCAAUGUGAUCCAUCUCUCUCUCAUUUGCUUCCUUUUUUCUUUGUUCCUUCCCUCCCUUUAACUGUUGAUACCACUAUGCUCAUAUAAUCUCACAGUUCUCCUUUUUUUGGGCAAGUAAA